UUACCGUACGAUUUACGGCAGCACCUUUUACAGUUCAAAGGUCACCAGCUGACGAGGAGCUUUCUCCACAAAGGACGUGGCUGAACUUUUUACCUGCGGUCAAAGCUAAUUCACGACCGUCUAAGUCACGGUGAUGACGAAGCUGCUGCAGUGGUUGUUAGGAGUUGGACUCCUCCUGGGCACGUGGGCGUGUCUGGUGUGGGACCUGGUGCCUACACAACUCACACCGCAGUGGAAGGAGGUCGUCUGGGUGGCACCCAUGUAUCUUCUCAUGAGUUUUGCAUGCUACUCAUUAGCUACCAUUGGCUACAGAGUUGCCACCUUCAAUGACUGUGAAGAUGCUGCCAAAGAGCUACAGCAGGAAAUUGAAGAGGCAAGAAGAGAUUUGGCUAAGAAAGGAUUGAAGUUUUCCUGAUUGAUAUUUUUGUAAUGUUAGAUAUUACUUCUACAAAGUACAAUUGAAAAGGACCAAAUUACAAAUGAUCAUGGAGGUUGAAAAAUGAUUUGAGACCCAGUCUGUAUAAUGCCUGCUAAUGUUGCAGAAUGGGAAUUCAUGUGUGAAAGGUAAAAAAUAACUGUCUGUAAAUGUGAUCUAUGAAGGAAAAACACACACUGGCACAUUAUGUAGUAAGUUAACUUUGAAUGUAUGAUACCAAUGUCUUUAUUUUCUAAUGACCUUGCAGUGGUAAGGCCAUGAUUUAAAGUUGUACUGAAUGAAAUAUGUAGUUGGCAACUUCUUUGUUAUCAUAUGUAAAUCAUCACAAGAAUGUAUCUGCAUGUACUUUAUAAUAGUUUGUAGAAGCUAUAAGUGUAACACAUAGUGGCUGUUUGGCCAUCACAAAAAUUGUAGAUGGCAGCUCAUUUUAUAAAAGUAUGAACGUAAAUAGAAUAAUGUACCAGGCAAUAAAGUUAAAAUAAGUUUAGACCCCAAAUCACUAAGUAAGCAUUAUUAUCAGAAAUUGUAACAGAUACAAACAAAGCAAUAGCAUAUUGCAAAUAUAAUCUAAAGCCAGAAUAAUAUACACUGAGUCUUUUCCUUGUAGAAGACCUUAUAGGGUUUGUCAAUUACACAAUAUGCUCUGGAAUGAAUGUUGCACAAUAUUAUUGCAGAUAAGCAAAAUCUUAAGGUUUAAAAAAAGAUAGUGCAGUAUAUAAUAUCUGUUUUGUUAUCAUUCUGAUCACUGUGUCAAAAUAGAACCUAUCAAUUUUUUA